GUGCUGCAUUUAAAGAUGGCGUCUCGGAGCGGUUUGAAAGUUUUUGUCGGCAACUUGUCUUGGACUGUUGGGAGAAGGGAGUUGCGAGACUACUUCUCUCAGUUCGGCUACGUCACCUCGUCUAAUGUAGUAUUUAACAAAGAAAAUGGAAUGUCCAAAGGCUUUGGCUUUGUGGUGUUUGGCAACCGGGACGGCUUCAUGAAUGCCACUAAGCCGCAGCAGCACGUAUUUGAAGGCAACACCCUCACAGUCCACCCCACCCAUGACAGCCGGUGAACCUCGUCUAAACACCUCCUAUUACUUGUAGAUAUGUGAGCCAAAUACAUUGUUUCAACUCUCA